ACAAAUAAUGAAUUAACAUGAAUUAUUUGAAUUUCGUUAUCGAAGAACUGAAGGAUCCUCACAGAAAUCUGCCCAGAGCCAUCUUCAUCUCGUGCGUUUUGGUGACAGUUGUGUACGCCCUAACCAUCGUCGCUUUCCACACAACGCUAUCAGUACAAGAAGUCUUGGGAGCAGAGGCAGUGGCCGUGAUAUUCGCCGAACGUAUAUAUGGGGUUAUGGCAUGGAUCGUCCCCGUGUUCGUGGCGAUGUCAACGUUUGGCGGCGUGAACGGAAUCCUGUUUACUUCUUCUAGGUUAUUCUACGCCGGUGCUUCCUUUGGUCAGAUGCCUCAAAUCCUUGCUAUGAUACAGAUAAAACACCUCACGCCUGCCCCUGCUGUUAUUUUUGUGACGCUGUUGUCUCUGAUCUACCUCUGUUCCAGCGAUAUUUACGCUCUGAUUAAUUAUGUGGGAUUUGCUACGUGGGUUGCUAUUGGCCUGGCAGUGGUUUGUCUUCCUUAUCUGCGGUGGAAAAUGCCGUGUCUAGCUCGACCAAUCAAAGUGAACUUGUUUUUCCCAAUAAUCUACAUUCUGGCAACUCUGUUCAUCACCUUUGUCCCGAUGAUUGCUGACCCAGUUGGAACAGGCUUUGGACUUUUGAUCAUUAUGACAGGUGUUCCGGUAUAUUUUAUCUUUGUCUAUUGGGAGAACAAACCUAAGCCUAUCCUGAAGGCAAUAGAUGCCACGACACUUUUUCUGCAGAAGAUUCUGGUGGUAGUUCCAUCAGAAGUGCCAGAACAUUUGUAAAGCACAAGUUAAGUCAGUAGUUAAUGUGAAAAAAAAAAUAUAUUGUGAAAAAUGUCCUUGCAGUAAACCGUUAGCUGUGAGCUGUGUUUAAAUAUUUAAAAUUUUCUGUAGCAAUACGUACUAGAGACAAAUCUGACCAGAAUAAUUCAUAUUAAUCAGUAAAUAUCGUCACACUUGAAGUAACAGCCCCUCAAAUAAAGGUGAACACCAACUUUUUUUAUUUAGUUUACGAAUAAAAUUAAUUUCUCAAUAUAAUUUAACAAAACCUUUUAAAACUCCAUAUUCUUUUUUCUUUCUUUAUUUCGUACAAAGUGUUAAUGAGUAACUUCUAUAAUAUUAUUUCCCAUUUUAUAUCGACACAUCAGUGAUGUCGACAUUCGCGGAACUUGGGAUCAAAGGAAAACUUUUCGUCCAGGUAUACGUGUUUUAUUCAUAUUAAACCUCAGUGUUUUACACCAUGAUAGUUUGAGUAUUUUCAGAAAGUCUGGAAAAGUAUUUUUAAAAGAUCCAAGAACAGUUUAUCUUCAUAAAAAGUGAUCUUAUUUCUAAAAACAUUUUUUGGUAUACCGUAACAUCUUUUUUGAUAUGAACGCCACCUUUUGUCAAGUCUCCUGUGUUUUAAAGUAUUUACUUCACCACUUAUUUCUUAAAAAUGACCCGUAAUUAAUGCUACAAAUUGUUUAUAAAAAUGAAACUAUCAAAUGACUUUAUUCGCAGGUUCCAAAAGUUGUCAUUAGAUGGCAGCACUAAA